AUGCAAAAAUGUUAUCCUAUGUUGACACCAUCAGCACCAGCCCCGUUGUCUGAGCCUGAGCUUUCGACGGACGAAUCUGUGACGAGCGAAGAGGGCGAUGCGGACGAUCGUCAGAGGGCGGACCGCACAUCUUGUCUGAAUGAAUUCAGUAUUCUUACCAAGCAUCAUACUGAUAGCACCGUUCCAACAGCGCAGUUCUUUCAGAAACUCGCAGAUGAUGUCGAACAGUGCUGGUUACAUUCAUCUUAUUCGUCAAUCGGCUGUAACCCUACGCGCUGGAAGCGAGGGUCUGACGAUAUCCAUGAAGAGGAAGAUGAAACUGUCCAAGGGUCUGAGUCUCGCAGCACGGGUACACCCAUUUCUACAACAGGUACAGUCACUCCUAAUGUUAUUCGUUCGCGAGCAAAUUCAACAACGCAGUCUCCACGAACUCAAGCACUUGGGCCCAAGGUAACAGAAGCGCUUGUUCCACCCAAGUCGCAAGAUUUGUUAACUCAUAACUGUGUAACAGCAUUGAGGCCAGACGCCAUGAAAAGCGCGAUGCUCUUUGAAGAAGGAGCCGCUGCAACGAAUUCGGCUCUUCCUGUGUCGUCUUUCCCUAAUCCCCAGAUGUUGUCAGUGCCUGCGGCCACUUCCUCUGUAUCCUCGAGUCCACUAGUGUCCGACGUCUCCGCCUCUGGCAGCACAUCCAAGUCCACUAGUCCACGACCCCCUGGAGCAGCAAGCAGUGUGGCACUGGCAGGUGCCAGGAACGCAGGCAUCCAGGCACCACCAGCACCAUCUGUCGCAUCUGGGAUCCCCUCUCGUAUGCGGCGUCAGCAACGCAUCCAGAAAAGUACAGAAAACCUACCAGCGCUGCGUGCGACGAAGUCCUAUUUGACGAGGACGAAUGCAGCGAACGUGACACCUGGACAUGUGUUCGACGGGAAGCCAAAGCAAGAUAAGGCAAAGAAAAAGCAAAGCAAAAUCCUCUUCACCAUUGGUGGCGAUUCUGAGGAGGACGAGCUGCCAACCGAAGGCGACAACGAGGAUGACUGGUCAAGCGAGGAUGACGAAGCCAAUGGCGGGGAUGCUGGAAAGGAUACAAAUACGCACGAAAGUGCGCGGCUAGAGACAGAACGAGCGCGGAGAGAACUAGAUGAAGAGUGCGAACGAAUGGAAAUGUUCAAGAAACGGCCGAUCCGCUCGGCCAGCUUGGCCGACCUACCGCAUGCAUCCAAUGCAAUGGCACCGCCUACUGAGUUAGGCCCUACUCGCGGCCUCUUGUCAACGAUGCUUAAACCGUCAGAAGUGUCAAAGCAGUAUCCGCAUCGGCCCCGUGCAGGCCAAACGCUCCAUCUCUCACCCAUGCCGAAUCGGGCUCACUGCACCAGGACACAUGCAAGCGCGCGGAACCCUUCGACUCCCACACAUCUUCCACGUGCGCCCAGCUUCCAGACUAUUCGAUGUAAUCCCACUUCAGGCGCCGACAAGAACGACGUCAUAAACCGCAGUAAGAGUGCACUGGCGCUUCCGCUGUUGAAUCUAACGUCUUUGCGCUCAAGUACAUCGUCCGGCCGGAUUGUAUCGCCGUCUCCGAAGCAUGCGGUAGGGGCUACGUCGCCAGAGCCUGGGCGUGCAGUGUCGAAUCACGGUAGUGAGUCAGACGAAAGUUCAGCACCUCCGCGUACACGCAGUAAUCUUGCACUCAGUCGGCUUUCCGCGAUUGCGCAGCGUGAGACGUCCUCGACAAUAACGACGCCAACGACUUUGUCAUCAGAUACUGGUGAUGGACGUAGGCUUUCAUCGCUUGUGCGUUCCUGUAACUCCAUUGGCAAUUUGAUGACCGCGACGAAGCCGGACUCUGCGCAUACUGCUGUGCAUUCCAUUCCAUCGCCAGCAUCCCAGCAUGCGCCAGCUGAGGGAGAAGAAGAUGGUCUUUGCCUCGGAGUUGAAGCUGAUGAGCGCGCCCCCCUACGCGUUCAGCGAGUGCUUGAGGCGACUCCACAGACGACGGAUGUGCCACAGUUGUCCCAAGCAUGUCUUAUGUCUGAUACAAUGACUGAGUCGCCUGUUCCUCAGCAUGCCACUGAGUGUUCAGGAACGAUGCCACCACUUGUGGAUACUGUGUGUGAGAAAGAGCAGUCCCAGCCGACAGAAGCGCUUGUGCCAACGCCUUGCGUGCAUACAGAUGCGCUGUCUGAUCCACUGCAUCGCCGUAUCAGCACGCCCAACCCGUUGUCCGCGCGUGCUACUGUAGCGCGGCAAAACAUUUUGGACGAAGAACUCUCACAAAGCGUCCGAGAGAACUUGCAAUGGGAACGUGAAUCGCGGGCUCGCUUGCUCGGGAUCGGUUUAAUGGGCACGGUGUCUUCUCAGCGGCCUCGACGAACGACGGACUCUAGGGUUGUGGGUCUUGAUCAGUCUCGACCCCAUACUGAUGAGGGGUCAUUCCAUCACAAGGGAUGGUAA